AUGGCAAUUACUCGUGUGGCCGUGGCCGGUGCCACCGGUAACCUUGGACCCGCUAUUAUCACUCAACUGCUUGAGGCCGGAUUCCAAGUCACCAUCCUAAGCCGUUCAAACUCGCACCAAGUGGACUCACGCGUUCAAGUCCAGGUAGUCGAUUACAACUCCCUGGACUCCCUCGUCACCGCUCUCAAGGGCCAAGAUGCCGUGGUCAACACCCUCAGCGUCGGCAUCGUCCCCCAAGAUAUCCACCUCCGUCUCGUCGAGGCAGCCCAAGCCGCAGGCGUCCAGCGAUUCGUUCCCUCUGAAUUCGGCGGCGACACGUCAAACCCGCUCACAUCUCAGCUACCAGUCUUCGGAGACAAGGUCGCAGUUAUCCAGAGACUGCAGGAAGUCAGCAAGCAGGACAGCGCAUUCACCUGGACUGCCGUGGUUAGCGGGCCAUUCUUCGAUUGGGGUCUUGAACGUAGCUUUAUUAUCGACCUCAAGGGGCCGUCUACUCGCAUCUUUGAUGGCGGGGAUGUCCCCGUCAGUAGUACGACAUUGGCUGGUGUUGGACGAGCCGUGGCUGGUGUUCUGAAAUAUCCCGAGGAAACUAGAAACCGCCACGUUUUCGUUGAGGAGGUGCAGUUCACCCAGAAUCAACUUUUGAAGUUGUCUGGAAAUGAGGGUAAGAUUCAACGGGAGGCUGUCAAGACUGAAGAUUUGGAGAAGCAGGCUUAUGAGGCUCUCAAGCAAUCUCCACCUGAUGGAAGGACAUUUGCUACCAGUCUCAUUUUGAGGGCUGUUUAUGGUGGAAAUUAUGGAGCUUUGUUCACCAAGACCGAUAAUGAGCUGUUGGGUGUGGAGAAGUUGUCGGAGUCUGAUGUUGCGAAUAUUGUGAAGAAGUAUGCUUGA